GAAAGAAGAGCCCAGACCUUGGGGAAUACGAUCCCCUCACUCAGGCAGACAGUGAUGAAAGUGAAGAUGACCUGGUGCUCAACAUCCAGAAGAAUGGGGGGGUCAAGAAUGGGAAGAGCCCCCCUGAGGAGGUGCAGGACCCUGACUCUGAUGUGGAGGUUGGGAUGACAAAGCAGCACACGGCAGAGAGCGCACCCGAGGGUUAUCCUGCAGAGACGACUGGGAGUUUGGAGCAGAAGGCUGCUCCCUCCCUCAUGCCAUACCUGCGCACAGCGAUCUUUUUGCUCACUGUGGUGAUCUCGAUGAUUCUCGUGUUGGUGUGCGCAUUUCUAAUUCCCUGUCCCCCUAGAGACUUGCAUAACACCUGGAACCGCAACCUAGGUCAGGGAGCAGGCGGUGUGUUAUCCCCACUGGAGCUGUGUGAUGUGAACGGCGAUGGGCUCCCUGACAUCCUCAUUGUCUUCACUGCCUUGAUGAAUGCUAGCGUCAUGGGUGUCUCUAGACCCUCUGUAACUGCGGUGGCCCUUUCUGGUAUGAAUGGCAGCACCUUGUGGUCCAUCCAGCUUCCAGAGGAGACUCGGAGUCUGCAGUGCAAAGGGCUGUCAGUGGGGCCCCCUGCACAGCCCGUCUGCCUUGUUACAGGAACAUCAAAAUUCCUCAGCCUUCUCAGUGCCUCCACAGGCAAGACCAUCUGGACGCUGAACUCCGUCCACCUUACAAGUGGGUUCCUGGCUGCACCAGCUGCAACUCUCCCGGAUAUAGACGGAGAUGGGAUUAGGGAUAUUGUUGUUAUGGCGCUCAAAGAGAUACAGCCUGUUGUGUUUUUCGUCUUGGUGUCGGGAAAGACUGGGACUGCUUUAGGUGGGCCUGUGAAGUACAAGACCAAUGGAGAAGGGAAAGUGAUUGGUCCCCAAGUCCACAUCACCAGCCGGGGAGCCAUCUACAUCCUGUUUGGUUUUGGUAAUGUUCAAGCCGUUGCCCUGAGGGAUCUCUUUACCCAAGCCAGAAACCGGGACCGAUUUCCUGCAGUGCUGGAGCAGGAGGAGCCAGAGUGGGAAAAGCGCAGAUCUGUCAACCUGUCAGAGCUCAUUGACAUUUACAGUGGAGGUGUUGACUUCCUGCAGAUGAUGAAGACACCUGACACAAACUGCAGCAACCUGCUCAUCACAACAAAAGAGGGCUUGGUCCUACUGCAGGGACAGGACCUGGAGCUCCGCUGGACCCUGGAAUUGCAGAACAUCAGCAGCCAGCCUGUACCAGGUUACUUCAGUGCUGACCAAACUCUGGACUUUAUGCUGCAAGCACAGACUGGAGAUGGGAACAAAAAGGUGGUGGUGCUAGAUGGCAAAUCUGGCCUCCCUGUUUGGAACCAGGAGCUCCCAUGGCAGAAGCAACAACUGGAUGCACUGUCAGUCAUGACUUUGGAGAAGAAGUCUGUUUUUCUCUUCUGGGCUGAUGAAGCGCAGCCUGUGUUACAAAGUUUGCAACCUGGUCCCAGAACUGAGCGCCCAGGACUGCACCACCUCUAUCUCCUCCAUCCUGUUUUUCCUACAGUCCUUUUGGACCUCACCAACACAACAGACAAAGUCAUUGCUUCAGCAGUUGGAAUUAAUGAUCUCCAGAAGGAUGCAUUUCACAUCACUGUGACAACAACUGCAACCUCUGAAACACAGCCAGGAUUUCUCUCAGUCAGCAAGCUGGGCCUAAAGUGGGCCAUGAUGAGUCAAGGUCGAAUGGUGUGGCUGAAGGACACCAGCACUCCCAAAAUCAGCCGUGGAGAAGUGAGGCGAUUUCUUGCCCGGCUGAAAUUUGUUGAUUUUCCUCAGAAGCUCUAGCCUGGUGGUUCCUCAGAUUUUAACUGGACCUGUGGCCUGUAUUGGGAAUAGAGGAAGCUGCGCUUUGGAUCUUCAGGAAAGCUGCUGUGUAGAGGAAAUGGGGGCUAAAAGCACUUCCCCUUUCUUCAGCGAUCUGGGAGAUGCUACUGGAGGCAGGUUUGUCCUAGGCAGACCUGUCCUGUACCAGAGGAACCUUGUUCAGCAUCCCCCCCCUCCAUAUGCUGUUCUUGCAUGCUUUCUCCCAGGUAACACAGAAAUGUGAAUUUAGAAUUUAUAUACAUAUAUAUACAUAUACA